GCGCGCUCGCGCGCCCUCCGUCUAUUUUUUUUCCCUCUUCCUUUCAUUCUCACGCUCCAAAAUAGGUCAAGAGGUGGAAGUUACACCUAGAACCGCCCCGACCUGGAUGCAAAAGAGCUUUUCUUCGGCAGCUCCCCGGAGAGCAUUGUAACUAUUGGGUUCGGAGAGCUUCCCGCCCCGAUUCCGUGCAGAAAGCGCCCGCGACCCGGGCGCUGACAAUGGUCUGCAGAGGGGAGCCGCGAGAAGCCUGUUUUCCGCCCUAGUUCUGCUGGCUCUGCGCCCUUUGGGAGGAGAGGGCGCGACAGGUCGCCUUGCACGCCCGGGGUCUGACCGCCUGGGUGAGUUCCUGCUCUUCCUAGGCCGUUCCAGUCACCGUGGGUGACCUGUUUACCUUGCAAACUUAGACACGACCAAAACCGGCGAGCCUGCGGAGCAGUCAGGGAUUGCGGGAUGUGCUUCAGAUGGGAGAACCGAUCAAUCAGAGCUCAGAGCUGGAGGGGACACGGUUAGUGGCUUAGAGGCGAAAAUGAAUUUGUAUUUUCGUGGAGUGCACGUGUAUCUUUCCCUUCCGAAGCUAUCACUUGGGAAUUGAUGUUUAACUAGCAGGAGGCGGAGAACUAAGAUAACUCGAAGGCAGAAAGUUUUCAAAGCUGAAGAUGAAAAUACGGUUUUUAGAAAGGAAUGCCAAAAUAGAAUGGAUCUGUAUUCCCUUCAGAGACUCCUACCAAGUGGCUGAUCAUGUGAAGGACCAUGCUAUUUGAUUUCACUCCUACUACUUUUCAUUUACAUUACACAUUAAGUCAUGAGAAACAACUGUCACUCUCCGAGGGAGGAAACUGCCAUGAUUUAUAAAGUCAAGAAGUAAUUUCCUUGUAACCACAAGAUGACUCAGGGUUCCAUUGUAAGCUUUACAAGACUGCUUGAAUAGUAGCAAUGAAGUUGUAGGUCCCGAGUUCAGGAAGUCUGCACCUCCCUCAGCCGCCUCUGGUGCGUUCUCUGACCUGCUUGCUUUGGGUGGGUCCUGCUUUCCCCAGGAUGGAUCAUGAAGCUGCCCUGCUGGAGAAGCAGCACGUGCAUGAUGUCUAUGAGAACACGGCCCCCUUCUUCAGCGACCUGCAGAGCAAAGCCUGGCCCCGAGUUCGCCAGUUCCUCCAGGAGCAGAAGCCAGGCAGCCUCGUCGCUGACAUCGGCUGUGGAACUGGAAAGUAUCUUAAAGUAAACAGCCAGGUACAUACCCUGGGCUGUGACUACUGUGGACCAUUGGUAGAGAUUGCCCGGAGUAGAGGAUGUGAAGUCAUGGUAUGUGACAACCUUAAUCUCCCCUUUAGGGAUCAGGGCUUCGAUGCCAUCAUCUCCAUAGGAGUUAUACAUCAUUUUUCUACAAAACAAAGAAGAAUCCGAGCAAUAAAAGAAAUGGCCAGGGUUUUAGUUCCCGGAGGACAGAUGAUGAUCUAUGUUUGGGCAAUGGAACAAAAGAACCGACAUUUUGAGAAGCAAGAUGUGCUCGUUCCUUGGAACAGGGCCUUCUGUUCCCAGCCCUUGUCAGAAUCCAGCCAGUCCGGGAGAAAGAGGCAGUGUGGACAUCCAGAAACAAGCCAUCCCUGCCACCCGCCUUGCCCUGAGUAUGGCUGUUCCAUGUGUUUUAAAGAGCGAGGUGAUGCCAAACGGUCCCACAGCGUGGACUAUGAACCUGUUAUGGCUAGGACCUGUUGCGGAAACACUUCAAAGGAAGGGGAGGAAGAAAAUGGCAUCUAUAACACAUUAGGAAGAUCUUUCCGUUCCUGGUUUUUCUCCAGAUCUUUGGAUGAGUCCACUCUACGGAAGCAAAUUGAAAAAGUGAGACCCUUGAAAACCACAGAAGUUUGGGCCAGUAGCACUGUAUCCAUCCAGCCUUCUCGACAUUCCAGUUUAGACUUGGAUCACCAGGAGCCAUUUUCAACGAAAGCAUCAAGCUUAGAUGAGGAAGUGUUUGUAGAAACUUCUCAAAAACACUUGGAGUGGCUGAGAGCUUCAGGUACUUCAAAGCACUUAAAUGGAGACCAUCAAGGAGAAAAGCAGAGAAAUGGAGAGGGGACCCUUAUGGACAGCACCAAUACCAAUGAGAAUCAUGUGACUGCAGGUAGCUUAGAGGAAGGCAACCCUUCUGCCCGUAAAAUAUUGAGAAGGAUUUCUACCGUCGACUCUACAGAUUCCAAUCCAGAUGACACAAUUUCUGUCCAAGAACAACAGCCUGACAUUUUGGAUUCCAGAGCCUUUAUGCGCUACUACCAUGUGUUUCGUGAAGGCGAGCUCUGUGACCUGCUGCAGGAGAACGUGACCGAGCUCCGUAUUCUGAGCUCCGGAAAUGAUCAUGGCAACUGGUGUAUUAUUGCAGAGAAAAAGGAAAGUUGUGAUUAAUUGGAUUGUUUUAGAGACAACUUCUCCAAAAGAUGAACCACGAUCUUUUCACUAAGUUAUGUAUGGUAACCUACAUUUGCAUCCAAUUUUAUCAUUUUUAAACCCACAUAUGCUUUGCUCCAUAAAUACUAUGAACUGAUAAUCUUUUAAAUCUUUGGGUAAGCACAACACCUUGCCCCUAAAGCAUUUGACACAGGAUAUUUGUGCUUAAGUGUAUAUAAAAAGAUCUGAAAAAGCAAUAGAAGAUACACUUCAGUACAGUUUAGAUUUUAUUCCCCCCCCCAACGAUGAAAUUCUUAUGAGAAUAUAUGUAUAUUAGUUUUCAGUAUUACAUAUUGAUUUUAAAAGAUUCUGCUGUUAAGUAAACCUUUAAAAACAGUAUUUUUAUAAAGUAAGGGGGUAAAUUCUGGUUCUCAGGUAAUAAUUUAGAUCUAUGUGUAAGAUAACAAGGAAACCUAUUGUGUUUCUCAGAUGAACAGAAUAUUGAAACAUGAUGGGAUAUUUUAUUGUCAAGGCCUGACUUCUACUUAAAGUCUUCAGAAAAUUGAGAGACAAGGAAAAGAGAAACAGGUAGUGUUAUAGGGACUCUUUUCAAAAGGAAACUUCCUUUUCUUUUGGAGAGAAAGAGGACAUAUAGGAGAGACUAGUUGAAGCAUUGAAGUACUGUUUUAUUUUAGCUCUGAGGACAAAUAGAUUGCGAAAUUGCCGGAUAUUUGGCCUUGGUUGGGGGUUAUAACUGGCAUAUGUUGUUGGAUUUUUAAAAAACAAUAUCUGGGCAUUGAUCUUAUUGAAGAUGACUACAUUCUAUUAGUUAUAUUAGUGAUUUUAGGUAGAACUAACUCCUAUUACUAAAGGUUGAAUUUCUUCCACUUUACAGCGAAAUGAAUAGUCUGGGUAUUGUGGGAUCACUGCAUCUAUUGAAUUUAACCUUGGAGAGCUAGAGGAUGUAGAUCAUCGUAGAACAUUUGCCUAGCAUGCAUGAGACCCUGGGUUCAAUUCCCAGAACCACCCAAAGAAAAUAAAAAAGAUUUUUAAAUCCAUGUCAUGGAUUCUGAGAUAUAAAGAUAAUCAAGACGGAACUAGAGACAGGACAAACAAAAACAAAUUGACCCAGGUAUAUGGUCUCACUUCCUUAAUGAGGAGAAACUGAAAAACCUUUUUAUUUCUAGGACCACUGUAAUCCUGCGUGAAAAUCCAAUUCUGUGUUAUUUUCCCACUAAAAAAUUAACUAAAACGGUCGUGAAUGUCAUUUGUUUUGGAGAUCUCUUUUCCAUCAGCUAUUGUGCUGUAACCUAAAAUGAUGUUGUUUUGAAGAAAUUUCAAAGAUUAUUUUCAAAGUGCAUCUGCAAAUUAUUAAUAUUUAUAUCUUUUGGCUUCAAAAUAAGAUUGCGUCGUCACUGUUUUGGUGGGUGAGAUUCUCUGAUGGAAAUGAUACAUAUGACUUGUAUCAUUUGGUGCAUAUUUUGCAUUAGAGAAACAAAGAAAGCAGACAUAGACGUGCAGUAUCAAUUAAAAUUUAAUUUAGUGUGUCUUCCAUUUUUCAAAUUAGGACAUUAAACCAUGAGCAUAAGUGGUUUUCUUGGUGGAAAUAAAAGAUUCUGAGUCAAAGAUGUUCUUACAACUGGAGCUUAAUGGCCUUUUUAUGAUGAAUGGAUUUUUCCUCUCUCUGAAGUCUGUUGUCACAUCUUUAAUCCAGGCCUUGCUAUGAGAAAUUUGAGCUUGAAGUCAUCUCUUUCUGGUAGUAGCCUACUAUUUAAAGGUCAUUACAUGCAAUUCAGUUUAUCAGAUUGUGCCAGAAUAGCUUUUGAGCUAAUCUGUAUGACCAAUCUCUCUCUCUCUUACACACACACACAUACACACACACCACACACACACAAACUCACUCCAAUUUGUAUAGAAAGAUGUCUAGAAUGAUUCUUGGGAGAGAAUUAUUUUCACAUAAUUUUGACAGAGCUGUAAAUAAAAUCCACUGAUAAUAGCAAUAUUUUUGCUCUUCAUCUGUAGAGUACAAGAAUUCUAUGCAUCAAAAAUCACUUUGUGCAUAAAUAUUUAACCUAUGGCUGAUAAGCUCUCUUUGGGAUACCCAUAUGAAAAACCCUUAAAUUCAGCUUUUGCCUUUGGAUUGGAGGGGAGGGAGCGAUGGGAGGCCAUUAAAGAGCCAAACUAAUGUAAAUAUCCUGACCAUGUAAAAAUCUUGUUCAUCUUUAGAAUUGUCCUCAAAAGGAAAUGCAAGUCAUAAAUAAGUACAAAUGUAGACAACGUAUUUGUAAGUGUUUGGUCAGCCUCCACUGGCUUGAUUCUAGAUUUUACUGAUCUAGCUGAAGAACUUUUAAAAUUCUCUUCAUUGUUAACCCUGGAUCAAAGAGUGUCCUUCUGCUUCCUUUUCUUUUACUUGCUGGCAUCAGUGUGGAACCCCACUAUCUCACAUAGAAGGGAGAGUUUGCAGGAUUAUUGGAGAGGCUUUUAAAUAAUUUUUCUGGCUCACUGAUGCCCACUGAGCUAUUUGAGGAAUUUUCUGUAAACAUCCAAAUAAUUGGAGAGGAAAAUGCAUUGACAUGACCACAGGAUACACCCAAAACAACAUUAUACUGGGAGCUGUACAAACAGCCUUUCUAAAUUAUUGGGUUGUAGUUGUUGGCAGAACAAUGAAAUAACACCAGCAUGGAACAGGUAACUAACUUACAAGCCAGACAAAUAUUUUGGACCGUCGUAUUGUCUUGGUCUCCUUUUCUCAUCACACAUUCCUAUGCAGAAUAGUGUCAGUAUUUCAGUUUUCCUUUCUAUUUCCUUCCUAAUUCUAGAUACCAAGAGUUCCUCUAUAUAUAAACUGACCUUCGAUUGAAUGGGCAAAAACUGGAGGUAAUCCAGCGAGGAAAUAGUCAAAGUAUAAAUUAGCCAGGAACAUGAAUGUACUUGUUUAUUAUUGGCCACAAAAAAAGAAUGCACAGGUAGAUAUAUAUACACAUGAAUGUGUGUGUGUAUAUAUAUAUAUAUUUGGUUAAAGAACAGAAAGUCUAACUCAACAGUUGAAAUUUGUUGGGGAGGGAAUCCUUAAAAAUGAGCUGGGAAUGCUCAGUUUGGGAGUAAGAGGGAAAGAUGGACCAGUUGCAGCCUAGGAAGAACAAGUUAGGGCAAGCCUCAUUUUUCCUUUCCUGUUACAUAGAAAAUUUUGAAAUAAUAAUAACAGCUAGCUUUUCUUCAUCUCCAACAUUGCCAUGUCAAACUGGAACAUUUUUCACAUUUGUUGUAUGUCUAUUACCAUGUUACAUUCUUUAGUUUGAGAAAAAGAAUAAAAACCCCCUCUUGUAGAAUCACAAUGCACAUAAGCCUAUUUAAGGCCUAUUAUAAGUAAACCCAAAUGUAUUUAACUGAGCUUGCCUUGAGCAUAAUAACAUCCUCUAGCACAAAUGCUCUGUGAAAAUAAUUUCACCAAAUAAUGGGUCCUAUAGAGUAAAAUGCAAAUUCUUCUGGAUGGCAUUCAGGCCCUUCAUAUUUCAGCUCUGACUUAUUUUUUAGCCUUCUGAAAUUGCACCUAUGUUUCCUAUUCUGUAAUCUUCGAUUUUAAAUAUUGCUAUCAUUAGAAAUUACAUAACAAGUAAUUGCCCCACCCCCUAGGUAUACAUUCAGAUUUAAAAUACUAUAAUUGUAAGCCUUCUCCAAAAAACAAAUGCAUGAAAUGGGUUUCCUUCCAUUAAUCGACAUAAGAGAGAACUGUUAUUGCACACCCAUCCAACAGAUGACAAAGCAAGGGAAUAGAAGAGAAUUAUAGAAGCGUUAGUGGGCCCCAGGUUGGAAUGCUUGAUUUUCCUCAUCUCAACCUUAGCUCAGAUGUAUAAUUCCUGUUUUGCUAUUAUAAAUUCCAUUUGCAACCUCGGUUAUGUACAAAACUGGAAUGGGAACAUUUAAAAAGAACCCUCAUCAGCCAAAGAUUAAAAUUGUAAUGAAAAUAGAAUAUAUUUGGUAUGAGAGCACGAACAGAAACCUAAGAUAAUCAAAGAGAAAACACCGACUGAAUUGUACAGUUUUUGAUUCACCAGGGAACCUAUGGUAUGUGAAUGUGACACAAUUGGAAUGUGAAUCAUUUCAUUUAUACCCCAUAUUCUAUCCCCUCUUGAUAAUACAGGUUUUCCCCAAUUGAUUAUGCACAGAUAAUGAGUCACUUUAUCUGGGAAGGAUCGGAGCUGUCCUAUAAUAUGUCUCAGGGAUCUGAGACAAAUACAUAGUUGUUUUUCUUUCAACUGAAGUUGGAAAAAGUAAAGCUUACCCCAGAGAAAUUCAUUAAUUAAUCUACAUGAAGCUGUAUUUUCUCCACUUGGAACAUUUCUUUUUCUAUGGAUAUUACCUCCACACAGGAAAAACAGUGAGUCACUGCAAUUCAUCUGUAGCCAGUGUAACUGAAUGUUGAAUUCCCAGAACAAAUUACAAUUACAUUUAUGUUUGCCCAGGAGAAAUUUGUUGAGAAGGACAGGCAUUUUUCUUAUGAGAGCUAAUCAUACCACUUCCACCUAAAUUUUCUAGGUGGAAGUGUUAUGAUUAUGAAUGGAUAGAGAGGAGUUCCAUUAGCAAAGGUUUGCUUUUCUGCUCUGUUCAUAUAGAACACUGGCAAUACAUAAAGCUCACUAAUGUGGACCUAAGUGGAAUAUCUGUGACACUCUGAAUAUGUGUAUGAGACUGUCCCAUUUUCUCUAGAUGAUCUUAAAUAUGUAUGUAUGUAAAUAUGUAUACAUAUAUAUAUAUUCCUAGAUGUAGACAUGUUUGCUGUCAUUACUGACCAAGAAAAAAGUAAAGCUCUCUUGUAUACUUGCAAAAGCAUUAAAUUAAUAAUUACCAUAGAAAAGUAUUUCAUGGAAUAGAUUUUUUUUUUUUUUUGCUUCAGGAAAAUUUAAAGAGGAUUGUUAGAUGUUAUUAUGUCUCUUCUGGUGUUGACAUGUGUAUUUGUGUCAAAUGUGCAAAAACCUUUUUUCCUACAAUAUAUGGUUACUUCAGCUUUUCCCAGAGGAAGCUAGCAAUAGUUCUAAAGCACAAAUUGAUAUAGACUAUCUUGACUCCUGUAAUUACUUGAAGAUAUUUUGUUUGAAUUAGCCAAUUACAGACACAUUUUGUAUUAAAUAUUGUUUAAAAUGGCAUAAUUUGUAUGUUUAUGAUAUGUAUCAGGUUGCUUAUUUAAGUUAUGCGUCGAUGUACUUUUUAAAAAUAUCCCCAGAUGAACAGAAUUGUUCUUUCCUUCACUCUUGAGUGUGACAGAACAGGUGUCAUUUGAGUCAAACAGCCAACUCUCGUAACACUUCAACAGGACCAGGGAUGCUCACAUUGGAAUUCUGUUAUCUUUGUCUAAAGGAAACCAAGUUAACCAUUUAAUGAUAGAUUAAAGGGUUAAUAAAAUAUUAUUGACUUAGAAAGGACAUAUUUAAAGAUCAAUAAAAAUGUAUUAGACUAUACCACGGUGGCUGUGUAUGAAAAUAUGAUACAAAUAUUGAAAAAAAUUUUUAAUGUUGAAAGUCAUUAACAAUUUCAACAACGUUGAAGUAUUGUAAGUCAUUUUUUUUUUAAAUGUUGCUUACAAUGUAAGUGCCUCUGACCUGCUCCAUCUGUAGGUUGUCAGAUCAUUGCCAGCAAAGAGAGAGAUUUGUGUUGAGGACUGCUGUGGCUAUCACACAGCUCAAAGGAGGUGCAAUCUAGUAGCAGAUGGUGCCCUGGCAUCCUGUAGCCUGACAGCUCCUCACCUGGGAAGUCAGAAUUGACUCCAUCUUUUCAGAGGAUUGGUUUGGCCCUUCCAGUGUCUGCUUGAGAGACUAAAAUGAUAAUGAAUGAAAAGCAACACUCUGCUCUGAUCUUUUGUCAAGAAUCAAGGAGACCUCAGUCCUGUGCUUUGGACUCUUGGGCAUGAGUCUCCUGGUUUACAAACACCACAAGUUAUUAUCUUUAGAAGCCAUCAUUGUGCUCAUCUUCCAGUUUGUAAAUGUCUUAAGUAUCAAUUCAGCUUCAAAAUUG